AUGGAUGCCCGACGCGAUCUCGCCAUUUCCUCGCUGCGCGGUCGUCCCAGCGGCCGUGCCGUUUCCACCAUUCCCACGGCUUCAUACGAGCUUCAGGCAAUUUCAACAGCAACCGGCCCGCCCUCCCUAGGCGCGCAGGUAAACCCUCGCUCAGACGCCGUCCCAGCCUCACCCUCGGCCUCUCACCAGCCUCCUCGUCCCGACGCUUCCAAGGUGACGGAACCUGCGUCGCCACAGCCCGUCUUGCAUAAGCGGAACCAACACUCGAUUUUUCGCAGUCUCACAACAUCGGCCACUGGCCCGACUCGACUUCAACGCCUUUCUUCCGCCCGUCUGUGGAAUCCUACAAACUCAACCCCCAGAGCUCCCUCCCACAAGCGACGCCCUUCAAGUCCGAUUGGACCUCCCGUCCCACUACAGCACCCGGCCCUUGAUCAAUCUACCGACACUGCCGACCCGAACGUCACUGGUGCUGGCGACUAUCCCCUGCUGACCCUCACCGAACACCGACAGGUGCGGCACUCUUCGUCAACACCCCUCAGCUUUCAAUUUGACCUAAACACAACGGAUAAUAAGCGCAUAAGCUUGCCUGGAUCUACGAGAACUAGCGGCGAUUACACUGGCGAAUCGCCGCCACCUACCAACAAUCCUAAAGUUGACAAGGGCAAAGGCAUCAUGCUACCCGAAAAUGAGGAGCCGAGGAGGUCCUACUCCAGAGACCUGGAGCGAGGACCUGAUGUAAUGGACAACCAUCGCUUCUCCAACGUAUCCCUUGGGGAUGGUAUAGGAUCUGCAAUCUCGUCAUCCAACUCGUCAAUCAUGGGCGAAGAGAUCCAGCCAGAUCUAGGUGAAUCGUGGGGACCGCAGCACCCUUGCUUCCCUCACUUAAACCCCCAUGUACCAUCAGACUCUGCAGAAUAUGCCAAGACGCGGAUAAUCCGAAUCCGCCGCGACUGGCUUCUCCAGGGUGAUCUUGCUCCCACAUUUUCGAAUCUUUACCCUGAGAUCCUAGAUCCUGCUGGAAUUCCUGAGCCUGAAUUUCGGCGCAUCAUAGACAAGCUCAACAAGGAGCUGGUACCGGCUUUUGAUCCCUACAAUCCCCGUAAUGUGCUUGACGCGGUCUUGGGCCUUGUUACUGGAUGGCUUUGGGAUGACUUCGGUAUGACUGGCAUCAAAUCUCGAUUGAAUAACUUGGAGUUGUGGAUAGAGAAGUGGAAUCGAGAAAAAGAAAAGACCACACCAUCUGAGGAGGGCAUUCUCCCUCCAAAACUCAUUUCGCUCCGGCGCACGGGUUACAUGACUCUGGACAUCCAAAUACCAGACCCAGAGAUUGCACCAGCACCGAGUAGCACCGGCGCUGCUGAGUCCAUUGCAGCUAUGCCCUUGGAGCCAGCACCCGUGCUUGUCGCAUAA